AUGGAGAAAAACAAUAUUAGAUCAAAACGGUCUACGAAUAUUAAGACUUCAAUAAAAUUUGACAACAAUGAUCUUGACGAAUACAAACACGACGUUGAGCAAUCGAUUACUCGUCGUUUGUACAGUCCACAGGUUGAAAGUUUGGCAAGGAAAAAGCCUAGUUUAACCAAAGACGAUUUUGUACCUCGUGAAGGUCAAGUUUCAAUCGGCAAACUGUAUGAUCCUUACACUGAUCAAAUGAUUAACAGCUGGCAAGAGACGAGUUUUGGACAGCAAUUGCGGCGAACAGAAAACUAUGAAAUGAAAUCUAGCAAGCAUUCACGUGCAAAUAGUGCCAACGAAGCACUUAUGACCAAAAGCACAACAAACGAUUCGAAUCGCCGUAAAGACGUAAAACGUAAAGAAGUUACGAAUCAAGAUCCUAAAUUGGAAGCCUUAAAAUUACUUACAAAAGAACUUGUUCAACUGGAAAAAAAGGUUUCUGAAGCUUCUAUUCAAUUUAACAAGGGUAUGAAUGGCGACAACAGCGAUUCAAUCAUUAAAACUUGUGAUGAAAACUUCUGGCAGGAAAAAAUUUCAUUACAUUUAUCAUUGGCUAACAAGUAUUUUGAGCAUAUUCAUCUUAACUACCACAGUUCUGUCAAAAAAGACAUUGAAACGAAAUGUUGGAAAUUCGGAUUCUAUUCUUUGAUCGAUCAAUUUCGACAAGCAAUUAAUCUUGAUAGACAUCGAUCUAAAAAUAGGUCAUCUUUAUCACUUGUUACUUUGAAUAAAUUCAAUAUAUUUCUGAAUGAAGCGGAAUUGUUUUAUAAACGAUUACUAAAACAGAUUGCCAACGACACAAAAUCGAAUAAAUCAAUCGAGAAAAAUAAACCUCCAAGGUGGAUACGUUGCGUUAGCUGUUUAGGGGACAUUACUCGAUAUCGAUGGAAUUAUGGUAUAGGAGAUCACGAGAAGGCCAAAGAAUUUUGGGCCGUGAGUGCUUCACGUUGGUAUCGGUUGGGAAUUCACCUCAACUCGAAUAAUGGAAAAUUUUAUAAUCAUUUGGCCAUUCUGGCAGGUCAAGACGAACUUAGAACACUUUAUUAUUAUUGUCGAAGCCUCAUGGUUAAUACUCCUUUCAUGAAUGCUCGUGAAUCUCUCAUCGCGUUGUUUGAAUCCAAUCGACAACUUGUAGUAGGCAGCGUCAAGCAAAAUCCAAAAGGAAACCGUGGAUAUUUGCAGAAAGACAACUUGAAGACUAGGAAUCUUUUGGAUAACCAAUCUAUUGAGAGUCUAUUUGUUCGGCUUCAUGGAAUGCUCUUCACAAAGAUUGGACUUGAGCGUUUUGAUGAAAACUUUCAAAUUUUUUUGGAUAAAUUGUUCAAAAUGAGCGCUAUUCAAAGCACAGACAGUAACAAAUGUUGGAUAGAAUUUUAUUUGUUCCUAGCAGUCAUUAAUUUGUCAAGCUUAUACAAUUACGGCAAUAAUGAAAAGUCUACCAUUGGUCAAGCUAUCAAGUUGCAAACAAUAAAAAACGCGAAUGACAUGGAACUAUUAGACGUCGAUCCAGCCUUUGCUCAAGAAUCUAAGAUUACUUUUAUUAUUAUGAACCAAUUUAUGUUGAAAUAUCUCGAGUCCGAUAUUUGUCAAGAUGAACCUGAUGUUUCCGAAGGGUGGCUUCUGUAUUGUGAGAUAAUAUUGCUUUGGAUAGUAGCAAGCGGAAUAUUCAAUAAUCUUACCGAAGCAGGCAAUAGUGUUUGGAGGAGUGUAAUACAAAAGCUAAUCCUUCCUGGGACUUGGGGAAUUCUUGCCCGUUUCAUUACAAAGAUCGCACAUCAAAUUACUCCUUUAACCAAAGAAAGAAUAUUAGAUUCCGUAAACAGUGACCCCGAACAUAGGUCCAUUCAAAUUCAACCUCCACCAUUAACUGAAGAUUGGGAAUUGCGUGGAAUUUCAUUGUUACAAUCAAUUUACCAACACAAUUUAUUUGAAAGUGCAAGUAAACUUAAUAUCAACUUUGUUGACACAGACGUGGAGGAUAUCAUAAAUAUCUCUAAUGACGUUGAAUGUAACUUUAGUUUGGAUCAGGAUGAAAAAAUUCGUAGAAGAGUUAGAAUAAUGGAAUUAGGGUACAUAUUAACUAAGAAAGUUAACGGUUUCGAUUUUGAUAUUAAAGAAGAAUCAUUCACUGCAUCUUCUGAAUUAAAUAAAAAUAUGGAAUCUGAUGAAGUUAACGAUAUAGUACAUCAAACUUUGGAGUUGUCUAUUGAAGAAGAUGAUAAUGCUAUAUUAAAAACUACAGAAUCUACUUUCGAAGAAUAUAGUGAAGACGACGAUGAAGGAAUAAUGGAAUUAAAAUCUCGUCGUCAAGAAUUAGAGACUCUUUUAGCCGUAAGUCGCAACGAUGUACAUAAUUAUAAAACAGCGAGAUUCUCGUCAAAAAAAUCUAGGAAGGUUAAAAGAACAGCCUCAGAGAAAAAGGAAUCAUCUGUUCUCUGCAGAGUUGCUCCUGGAUAUACCACAAUUGUUGUCGAUACUAAUUAUCUUAUCGGAGAUCUUGAAAUGGUCAAAAAACUUAUUCAAAGUGAAAAGUGGAUUAUUGUUGUGCCUUUAGUUGUUAUUACUGAGUUGGAUGGAUUAAAACUUAAUCCUUCGCCUCUCGGACAUGCUGCAUAUGAAGCGCUCAUAUACCUCAAAGAAAUCAUAUCAUCUAUUAACAAGUCUAAGAAAAUUAAAAUACAAACGAGCAAGGGUAAUUACUUACCUAAUAUUAAUUUUAGCGAGGAAUUUGAUUUUGGUGAUGGUGAAGACAAGAAGAAAAAUUUGGACGACCUUAUUUUGGGCAUCUGCUUAUGGCAUGCGAAGCAUCACGAAAAUCAUGGUACUCGCGAUAAAUCCAAUGAAGAAAGGAAUAAUAACGAUUAUAAAAAUGAAAUAGUUGUGUUGCUUACAAAUGAUCGAAACCUCAGGGUAAAAGCUCGCGCUAGGGGUGUCGAUGUAGUAGGCGUGAAUGAUUUCACUGGACUUAUUUGA